AUACAUAAAAUUAGGUUUCUUCUUUCAAUCCAUCACAGUCGUGUGACUCGCCACAGCUCAACGCCGACGAUAUCCACUUAUUGAUUUGAUUUCGACCUGAUUUUGCUUGUUCUUACUUACCCAUCGUCUCGGUUUAUCACACUGAGCAGAGAUUCAAGCUAAGAUUCAUCAGUGUUCAUAAGUUGGCCUAAACCCUAAACCUCAGCAAAGCAAAAUCCUUCUCAGAGGAAGAUGCGACCUCCGUUCAACUCGUUCCAGCCUCAAGCUCGUCCUCAGAGACCGCCACAGCAACAACACCAGAACAAUGGGUUUUCUAAUCACCACCAACAUAAUGGGUAUCAAAAUUCAGUGAAAGCUAAUCAAUUUGGGAUGAUGAAUCCACAGAUGAUGAGUAAUCCAAUGAUGGGUCACAUGAACAAUCCGAUUCCAAUGCAGAAUAUGCCAAUACAUCCUCAGUUCUUUAACAAUCUCUCCAAUAUGCCUCAACAGCAACAACAACAACAACAACUUCACCAGUUUGGUAUGCCCAACCAUAUCAACCAGUUGCUUCCAAGCCUCUUGGGAAAUCUUCAAUUUGCAGUUGCCAAUAACAAUCUUAUGGGUGGUCACUCACUGCCCCUAGUUCAGCCUAAUUUUUUCCAGCCUUCUCUUGAACCUUCUCCUUUCACUUCUCAGCCACAGCUCAAUUCCUUUAACUCCCGUCCGUAUCCUCCUGUUCCAACUCCACAUCAAAAUCACCAAUUGCACCCUCCUGGUUUUCCAGAGCCAAGACCACAGGUGCAGCCUGUAGGAAAUAUCAACAACACCAAUGGUUCCAAUUCUAAAGGGAAUGAUUUUCGGAAUAAAUGUACAAAACAACAGAAAUUCAAAGGCUCUGGUCAAGGAUUCCAGAGAUCACAGUUGCAUCAAGCAGAUAAUGCAAAGAAGAAGUUCGGGUUCAAUAAGGAUCACAUGGGCAAAGGGAACUAUAAUAAGAUGGCAACUGGACUCGAUGGAUCUGAUUCUGGAAGAAUAGCUAAGGAAAAGAAAAGAAUAUCAUCUGCUAUGUUUUAUACUUCAAAAGAAAUUCAGCAAUGGCGUGAAGCUCGGCGUAAGAAUUGGCCUACAAAACUCAAUGCUCAAAAGAAAUCAAAGAAAAAUGUUUCAGACUGCAUCCUUGACGAUGAAGCAAAAAGGCGUCGUGAGCAACUCCGGGAAGUUUUAGCAAAGCAGGCUGAGUUAGGUGUUGAAGUUGCAGAAAUUCCUUCACAUUAUUUAUCCAAUACAGAUGAACAAGUUAAUGGAGACAGAGGAGAUAACAAUGGACAAUUUCAGUACAAGGAUGGGAGAAAGGGAAGAUUUCAGAAUAAUAGACACAAUAAGAGAAGACAUGGUGGAAGAGACAAGUUUAGCAAGAAACCAAGGUUCGAAGACCAAAAUUCAUCUCAAGAAUCUUCCAUUACGAUGAGAAAACCUACAUUGCUUGAGAAGCUCCUAAGCGCAGACAUAAAGAGAGACAAAAGCCAGUUAUUACAGGUCUUCCGCUUCAUGGUUAUCAAUUCGUUCUUCCAGGAGCUGCCAGAGCAGCCUCUGAAGUUGCCUUUGGUUAUGGUAGAAGAAACUGGUUGUGAACAUGAUAGGGAAGAAGAUCUGAUAAGUGAAGUAUUAUGCGCUGACCUAGAUGAUGAUGAUGAUCAUGAUGACGAUGAUGUUGAUCUGGGUGUGAAUGGUGAAGAUAACUCAUGUGACGAAGCUUUUGAUUGAUAAUGAUAAGUUUCAAGUUUGUGAACUCAAAAACACGAGUCUAAUUAAGGAUUUGCCGUAUCAAUAUAUCUGUGUUCCUUUUUUAGCUUAUGUUGUAGGAAAUAUAAUGAGAUAAGAGUUCUUGUAAUACAUGAACAUCAGAGAGUAAACUAUCGUUUAGUGCA